GAGAAUCGGACCCAACCAGUCUUAAUCAGUACACGAAGAUCCUUUUUUUCUUCCCUCUUCAGAGGUACGCUUGGGUCUGCUCUCUCCUUCCUCUCUCUCUGUCUGUGUCAUCAUGAAGCUCAUUCCGGUCCUGUUGCUUGUUGCAACGAUCGUUUUCGCCGCCGAGGAGAAGAAGGAGGAAGAACGUCCUAAAACGUUUAGAAGACUCAUCCCUGCCGAUGUUCUCCGCGAUUUCCCUGGUACGUGCUUCGCUUCUACAAAAUGCGCCACCUUCGAACCAACAAAAUCCUGGGAUUUAACUCCGUUCUGUGGUCGUUCCACUUGUGUGCAAGCCGAUGACAAUUCUGGUCGACUUUUUGAACUUGUUGAAGACUGUGGACCGCUCCCAAAGGCCAAUCCAAAAUGCAAACUCUCAGAUAAAACUAACAAGAAUGCCACAUUCCCAGACUGUUGUCCCAUCUUUGAAUGCGAGGAAGGAGCAAAACUCGAAUAUCCGGAAAUUCCAACUUUAGCGCCACCCACAGAAAUCAUAGAGAUCGAGAAAACCCCAGAAGCGGUUCAAGCGAAAGCUUAAAUUCUAAAAGAAAAGAAAACACGCAAUUUGUAACUUUUGCAAACUAAGUUGAAGAAUCGAUUAAACAGCAUAAAUUAUAUCCUGAAAUAAUAAUUUUAAUAUCUGAAAAAAGUAAUUUCAGUUAGAAAUUUGUCGGAAAGAAUGAUAACCUCUUUUUAUUUAAUAUAGAAAAAAUAUUACCUUUAACAUCGCUCAUUGACACAAAUUAUUUUAUGAUAAAAAGAUCAUGCAUUACAAAUUCGUGUUACCCUUCAAUACAAUUCGAAUUAAUGUGAAAUUAAAUAUUAUAUAUUGUAUAUAAUUCUGAAAUUAUUUUCGUUCUUGCAACGAUAUGAAAUUGUAAACAUA